AUCGGGCGAAUAUUCCAGGGUUAGAUGGUACGCGAGGCCUAGAUGCUCAUAUCUCUACGCAUGCGCAAUCUCUAAACUCAAGCGCGCAUUUUUUGCUGUUUUCUUGAAGAUCUAACAGCGCGUGCGCACGUUGGAUCGCCUCGGGCCGACUUCUCCUGCCAGAGAGGUUAGAGGUUACGGCAGGAGCGUCAAGAGAAGGAAGAGGCGGUCGCUUGUGAGUGGAUCCAUCAUGGCGGCGGCUGAAGAAGAAGCGGUUUCGUGAGAUUUUGUGUUGAAGGUUCGACCAUGCACAGCUUAGCGACUACUGCGCCUGUGCCAACGGCACUGGCUCAGGUUGAUCGAGAGAAGAUUUAUCAGUGGAUUAAUGAACUUUCCAGCCCUGAGACUCGUGAGAAUGCACUGUUGGAGCUUAGUAAAAAGCGAGAGUCUGUCCCUGAUCUUGCCCCAAUGCUAUGGCACUCUUUUGGUACAAUUGCAGCACUCUUACAGGAAAUUGUAAAUAUCUACCCAUCUAUAAAUCCACCAACUUUGACAGCUCAUCAAUCCAACAGAGUCUGCAAUGCUCUGGCACUUCUGCAGUGUGUUGCAUCGCAUCCAGAAACCAGGUCAGCUUUCCUUGCUGCUCACAUCCCCCUUUUCUUGUAUCCCUUCUUGCAUACUGUUAGCAAGACUCGUCCCUUUGAGUAUCUGCGGCUCACAAGCCUUGGAGUAAUUGGGGCCCUGGUGAAGACGGAUGAGCAAGAAGUAAUCAACUUCUUACUGACAACGGAAAUUAUCCCUCUGUGCUUACGCAUCAUGGAGUCUGGCAGCGAACUUUCCAAAACGGUUGCUACUUUUAUUCUACAGAAGAUUCUAUUGGAUGAUACAGGGCUGGCUUAUAUCUGUCAGACUUAUGAGCGAUUUUCUCAUGUGGCAAUGAUAUUGGGUAAAAUGGUCUUGCAACUUUCCAAGGAGCCUUCUGCCAGGCUGCUGAAACAUGUUGUCCGUUGUUACCUUCGCCUUUCUGAUAAUCCAAGGGCACGGGAAGCCCUCAGGCAGUGCCUUCCUGACCAGCUGAAAGACACCACUUUUGCCCAGGUUCUGAAAGAUGACACCACCACCAAGCGUUGGCUGGCACAGCUGGUCAAGAAUCUGCAGGAAGGCCAGGUCACCGACCCCAGGGGCAUACCCCUUCCUCCACAGUAACAGCCAAGGAGGUGACAGAACCCAGGAGGAAACAGCUCAGGUUUACAGAGAGCCAGGAACCAAUGACCUCUUUCAGAUCCUGUCAGGCAUGUGUGGGCAGCUCCUUGGACUGUCAAUAGCCACCUGCACUGCAGCCCAUUCUAUAGUUACUUCUCACCAUGCCUCUGAGGAUUAUGACACCAGCAAACACAGUUGGGAUGGAGAAGCCUUCUUCUAGGGUGUGGACUUUGCCAACAGCUCAUAUGAGCACCAAGCUUGGCAGGGCUUUGCCAACAGCAUCUCUCUCUGUUUAGUUCAGUGUGUCAGUCUUGGGAAGUGUUCCUCAGUUUCCUUGUUAUUCAUUGUUUACAUAUGAGUUCAAUAAAGGUUCGUCUGGUCAUUUGACCCUCUUAGGAGUACCUUUUGAGCUGGACCUAGCUCUAAAUAGAGGAGGCCUGUUUACCUCUUUCCAACUGGAACCAUACUUUCAAAAGAGGAGACCGCAAUGUUCCUUAGUAGGACAGCAGUUUUGGCUGGGAACCUUUGAGUUUUAACUCCCAGAGGAGUAGGAGAGGAACACUAUAGUAUACAGCUCCAUAUUUUUUUUCCUGGUAGGUUGGAAGGCAGUAACUCCCUGGACUGCAUUCUUUUGGCCAAGCAUUAGAGCAGCCCCUGCCUCUGUAACUGUAUUUGAACCAGUGUCAGAUGUUCUACUGAUCCACCGCCACUUAAUUCCUUGUUGGUAACAUCCAGAAUGCCACCAAAGCAUUCCUCUACUCUUCAAACUGUGUCAGAGGGGAGGGGUAAUUGCGUGCGUGCCAUGGCUUAGAACCAUUAAGCCAUAUGGCCUUCAUUUUGUUGCAACUAAUGCCUCUGGUUAGUAUAGGGUUAAUGCUAGGGGUGAGCAGACAGUACAGGGACCAAGAGCUAUUUCAGGCAGUUAGUAAAGGCUGCAGGUAUUUCAGCCUUGCUGGCUGGCCCUGGAAAGUGUAAUAGCUGCAAAACUCAAGGGCUCUUGUGCUCUCUAUCUUCUUUCCCCUGCUACCAGUCUGAGUGCAUUCAAUUCAUCCACUUGAACGUAACUCCAUUUGUUGGCGUCUGCCUUGGCUGAGGAGCCAUUAAGCAGUCUACAAAGGCAGACUUUUGCCUGCCCUCUAAAGCAUAGAAGCAAAAUAAAACAAGGGGAGGGGCCAGGGAGAAAAAAUAAUCCAGGCUGUCUGUCAGUUGCACAACAAGAUUGUGAGCAGGUGGCUUCUGGGCCCUUGCUAGACCCCUUGGCCUCAGCACUUGCUGCUGCUGCUUUGGGUAGGAACAGAUCUUCCCUUUUUUAAUUUUUGCUGAUGGCUGGCCAUGCCAAGCCAAGAGUGUCUUAACUCUUCCCUCUGUACAUGAACUGCUUUUGCUCUUGCAGCGGCUCUCAGUUUUAUAACAGCCUUGUCUUUCCAUCCCUGCCUUCAGUGGACUUUACCAACUGCUUCUGUUUUGUAACUUGAAUAAAAAAUAAGCCAAAUGAA